GGGACGUGAAAGCUCUGCAGACGUGGGGGAGCUGGUGGUCAGCAUCAUGUGACGAGCAGCUCUUGAUCCAUCCAUUCGGGAUCUGGCUGCUUGCCGUGAGUGAAGAUGGCGUCAAAUCGUGCCGUGGACACCGUUCGGGAUGCCUUCCACUGGGCGCUGCUCGCGUCAACCAUCACGCCAGCAACGCAGGGCGGACUCAUGCUGGCGGCUGUUACUAUGCCGGUGGCGUACAUGCGCACAGGUGAAUGAGACGACGAGAAGCGAAGAUGCGCGUGUGUGUUGUUGCUUGCAUGGGUGUGUGUGUGUGUGUUGUGGUUUGGUGUGGGGAUGCAGGCAUGUAUGGCGUGUACCUGUCGGCGGUGCUAUCGGUGAUGGCGUCAUGGGCUGUGGGAUGCUUCCUGGUCACUCGAUGCCUCUGUGUCACGAGUACGCCACAUCGACCCGACCGACCAGCCUAUCCUUCCCACGUGUGUGUGUCUGUGGGCCAUUUCCGUCUGUCUGUGUGUGUGUGUGUGUGUGUGUGCGUGUGUGUGUGUGUGUGUGUGUGUGUGUGUGCAGAGCGCUCAUAUGUCUACGCAUUCCCAUGGAUGGUGACGCAGCUGAGGCGGCGGUUCUUCGUCCCGCUGGCUGUGGCUGGGUCGUCUCUGCUGGCCGCGUCGUCGGCCAUGUGCGCACUCAAGGGCCGGGAGCUCGACGCCUUUGACGCGCUCUUCGCCACAUGCAUCACGUGGGCGUCAGAGAAAGAGAGAGAGAGAGAGAGAGAGGGAGAGAUGCUUCCAGUCACAGCGCUGUGUGCGUGUGUGUGUGUGUGUGUGUUUGUCAGGCUGUGUUGCUGCUGCCGGUUCGUGUGUCGCCGUCAGUACUGCAUCGUGUGGCCUCCCAAUGUGGCGCCCCUCCCCCCUCCCCACGACCUCAUCAGACGGGCAAAUUGGCGAACGGCCAAGAACACACAACCGGUGCGCUAUUUCGACACUUGACGGCGUGUGUCUGCAUUCCUUAUGCCCUCUCUCUUUGUGUGGUAGGCGAUCGCCGUGACAUUGGUGGCAUUGGGGAUCUGCGUGUUGGUCGCCCUGCUGCUGGCGAUUUUCUCGCGCAGAUCCCUCUCUGGGCUCUUCGAAACACUCGCCAUGCACACGUGGGCGGGCGAGGGAGUGGACGGGGCCACACGCCGACAUACAGACACACAGACACACAGACACACAGACAUACAGACACAUGGAUGGCCUGUGUGUGCGUGUGUGUGUGUGUGUGGGUGUGUGUCUGUGUGUGUGAUUGUUAACUAACACAAGUGUGGUCAACUCUUGUCUGAGGGGCGUGCGGCUCGCGCUGACGGUGGGGUUCCACGGCCACUCGCCGCCCAUCUUGCAGCCCCCCACCCCGCAGCCAGAAGCCUUUUCCCUCCUUGCGGCAGCUAUCAAUUUUCUUGCAAGGUGGGAGCUUGGGUGGGUCGGUGAGACGCACCCGACGUGUGUGUGUGUGUGUGUGUGUUGUAGGUUGGUGUGUUGCGUGUUGUGUGGGUCGGUGCUGUGCCUGACGUGCGAGCUGCACACGGAUGCCUUGCAAGACGCCAUAGGCACUGUCAGUCUGAUGGAUGGAUGGAUCGAUGGAUGGAUGGAUGGGGCGCAUAUCUCUCUCUGUCUGUGCGCUCAUGUGUGUGUGCCUGGGUGUGUAGACUCUUGGCAUGACGCCAUCCAUUCUCGCGAGCUAUCUGGCGCUGCCGCCCGAUGACGUCGGCAGGGUGGGUGAGCACACAGAUUCUUCAGCAGACAGGCAGGCAGACAGACAGACAUUGCUCUGUACGUGUGUGUCAGUAUCUGGCGGCGAACCUGAUGGUGCGUCUGGUCAUGGGCGGCCCCCCAUCUCUGCCCAAAAGUCAGCCCAUCCCACCACACACACACACACACCAAUCAGGCCAUCCCUUUCUCUCUCUCUCUCUCUCUGUGUGUGUGUGUAUGCGUCUGGCUCUUUCUCCGAGUACAGACACGCCCGUGUUGCAUCACACAAGCCGCCCCACCCUCUUGACCAUGACCAACACCCACCCAAUGGCCGCCCAGUACGUCACUUUCUCGCCCCCACUGAGGCCGCGACCAUCGUCCCUGACCUCCGCAGUCAUCGACAGCCAAUGGUGCCCGGCAGCCAUCCGCUCUCUCUUGCUGGGCUGGGGAGGGGGAGGGGGCGCUGUGACGUGCUACGCGGCCAAUGCAGGGCUGGAGGGGGGCUUUGUGCUGAAUACUUGGGUUUAUGACGUCUUCCACCGAGAGAGCAACAUGGUGACAGAAAGAGAGAGAGACACACACACGGAUGGAUGGAUGGAUGUGUGAUGUGCUGUGUUGUGUUGUGUGGAUGCAUGUCAGGUGUGGCGGACGUACUCUGAGGGCAGCGUGUCGCUCCUGCGGUCCCUCUACCUCUCCCUGGCCCAUCUGCACAUCCACCUGACGAGCAAACCCAAGCCCCUCCCCCCACCGGCCCCCUACACCCCCAGUCGCCCAGCCACCCCCACAGCCACGCCCUUGCUGUGGGGCAUCGGUCUCGCGGACGUCAUCGACAUGAUCCAGGCGCUUAUCGUGAUCACGCGAGACGGCCUGUUGGACCUCUGGCGGGCUGUGUACAUGCCCCCGACGCCCCCAUCUGCGGUGGUGGGCAUGGCGCUUAUGGCUGAGGGAGAGAGAGAUGGCCGACAAGGACAACAAGAGCAGCAGCCGAGGCCCGCUGCCGGUGGUGGUGGUGUGGACCUGGACCCCUUCUUCAAAUGCAUCGCUCUCUCGGCGGCCCCAGUGAGCGGCAAGGAAGGGCCCGUCCCCCUCCCCUACCCCCACGCAGCCACACACAUGACCGACACCCAUCCCCCCAUGCAUCUCCAUCCCACAUCCCUCUCUGCCCCAUACAAGCGCCCCACUCAGUCGUCCGACGACCGCCAGAAGCAUCGGGUCACCCUGACGGCCAGCCGGACGACCACGAGCGCUUCGUCGUCUUACCUGAAGGAUGUGGGCGCGAGUGACGACGGCUGUUCUGCUGGUGAGGGGAUGGGCUGGCUGCGGUGGGCGCGACGCAGAGGGCGGCAGGGGGAGUGGAGGCGGGAGACGAUGCACAUGCAGGUACGUGUGUGUGGGUGGGGGGUGGGGGGGAGGGAUGGAUGUGUUGUGUCGUCUGUCGUCUGUCGGGUGGCAGGAGUCGAUUGUGGGAACGAUUCCCUUGGCCCUGAUGCACCUCAGGGGUACGUUGGUUGCUCAGAUGUAUACAAACAAAGUGUCACAAACACACACACAGACAGUGUGUGUGUGUGUGUGUGUGAAGGCAUGACAGAGUGGGUGUGUCUGUCGUACGAUAUCGACACAUGUGGCAUGGCGCAGCAGCACUCAUCCCUGCAGCAACUCGUCGUCGAGAACGUAAGCCACUCACUCCUGACCCCCCCACACAGACAUUCCCACUGCACACUGUCUGUUGUCCAACUGUCUGUCCCAUUCAUUUAUCAGCUUCGUUUGCUCCGCGCCUGUCACUCCCUGCUGGCGCCCAGCCGCCUGGAGCACCUCGACCGCACCACCACCGCACACUGCCGCACACUCCACACAGGUUAAUACCUUAACCCCAAUGCCCUCCCCUCCCUCCUCUAUGUGUAUGUGUGUGGGUGUCUGUGUGCAGAGCUGGAGCUGUGUCUGGGCCGUCUGCUGGCGACGUUUGCUCCCUGUGGGUCGGCGAGGGGCGACAGCGAGUGUUUCUCGUCGAUCCCGUGGUACCUCAUGGACGACUUCGAAGAGGCACGGGCGAACCUGCAGGCAUGUCGGCGGCAGUGACUGAGGGUGUGCAGUGUGGAGGCAGCCAGCCAGGCAGCCGGGCCAGGUAUCUCUCUCUUCUCGGUAUGCCUGUGGGUGGUUGGUGGCUAGGUGGGUGGUCCAAUGGACAGAUGAGCGCGUGUGCGUGUGCGUCUGUGCGUCUGUGUCCGUGUGUGUGUCUGUGUGUUUCUGUAUUUGUCGGCAGCCAUCUGACGGGUGAUUAGCUCACAUGCAGAGGUGUGUGUGUGUGUGUCUGUGUGUGUGGAUUGAGUGACUUACUACUUGAAGAGCUCUUGCGUGUCCCCAGGC